AUGUCUAGUGAGCGUCUUGUCCUAGGCCUCCCACGUGUCUUGCCGUCGCUGCCGCCUUCGCCUGCGCCGCCAUGUCGUCCCUGCGUGGAGGGUAGGCUGCGCGCCACCCCUCACUCCUCCUCCCUUCGUCCGGCCACCGAGCCUUUUGAGACGCUUCACUUGGACGUCUGGGGCCCAGCCCCUCGUCUAGGCCCUGAGCGUGAGCGUUACUUUCUGGUGGUCGUUGACGACUUCUCCCGCUACACCACAGUGUUCCCUCUGGCGAAGAAGUCUGAGGUGACUUCUACGCUGAUCAGGUGGUUGCUCACCACUGAGGACACUCGUGGUCGUCGUGUCAGCUGUCUCCACUCCGACCGUGGGGGUGAGUUUCGCUCCGGCAUUCUCGCUGGAUUCUGUCGCGAGCAGGGCAUUCGUCAGUCCUGGAUGCUUCCAGAGUCCCCACAGCAGAAUGGGGUUGCUGAGCGCCGCAUAGGCCUGGUCAUGGAGAUCGCCCGCACCUCCCUGACUCACGCCUGUGCCCCCCAUUUUCUGUGGCCCUACGCGGUCAGGUACGGCGCGCACCAACUGAACCUCUGGCCACGUGUCUCUCGACCAGAGGUUUCACCGACCAGUCUUUGGACAGGGUCCCCUGGUGUUGCGUCGCGGUUUCGCGUCUGGGGGUGCUUGGCUCUUGUCCGCGACACCUCCGCGGACAAGCUCUCGCCUCGUGCCGUCCCCUGUGUCUUCCUUGGUUUCCCUGAGGACUCCUCUGACUUCACCUUUUACCACCCUCCCUCUCACCGGUUCUUUGACUCCCGUGACGUCCGUUUCGAGGAGUCCACUCCGUACUACGUCAGGUGUGUCCCAGGCUACCCCUCCUCCUUCGGUAGCCCCUCCGGUACAGCCUCCCUCCCCACAGUCCUCCUCGCAGCGUGCCGCUGGUGCUAG